AUGGACAGCUUCGUGGAGUCCCUCAACAGGCUGAAGGCCGUCCAUGAGCAGGAGGUGCUGGGCCUGCAGAACAAGCUUCUGGAGCUGAACGCAGAGCGAUGCCGGGACGCGCAGCGGGUGGAGGAGCUAUGCGCCAAGAACCAGCAGCUCCGGGAGCAGCAGAAGGUCCUGAAGGACAACGUGCGGGCGCUGGAGAACAGGCUGCGAGCCGGCCUGUGCGACCGCUGCUCGGUCACCCAGGAGCUGGCCAGGAAGAAGCAGCGGGAGCUCGAGGGCUCCCUCCUGCACAGCCUGCAGCAGGUCUUCGUCCUCGCCAAUGAGAUGAACCGGCUGCAGGAGGAGAAUGAGACCCUGAAGGAAGAGGUGACCCGGCUUCGGGGCCUGGGGCCCAAGCCCCCGUGCAGGGAAGGGGCCCCGGACCCCAGCUCCCCGCCGCCACGCACCUCCCCCGGCGCCCGCAAGGCCACCACCGAGAAGCUGCCGGGAGGCCACGAGGAGGCUGAGGAUCUUGCCCCAGAAAAGCCCGGCUACCGCGCGUCUCCAGCGGCCAAAGCCUCCCCGAGUGCCAGCCCACCCGAGCCGCGGGCCCCAGACAUGAGCCCCCAGAGGAUCUCCAACCAGCUGCACGGGACCAUCGCUGUGGUGCGGCCAGGGGCCCGGGCCUGCCUCGCCGACCGGGGCGCCACCAACGGGACACCCCCUGCCCGCAGCGGCCCCCCCAGCCCGCCCCACGAGCACGGCCUCCCGCUGGACAGCUUCCUGCGGGCUGCCCGGUCCCCCUCGCUGGCCUACGAGUCUCUGAAGCGCUCCCUCCAGGCCGACCGCCUCUCGCUCCUGAACCGCCCCCUGCCUCUGCACCUGCAGGGCCCCCACAGCAGCCCCCAGGGCCCCGCCGCCGCCCCUGGCGGCCCCCCACCCCAGGGCCUGAGGGCCGGAGAGGCCGAGGCCUGGGAGGAGCCCCCAGGCCUGCCAGGGGCCCUGGGGGACGUGCGGGACCCCCGGCUGGAGGGGGCGCUGAACCUGCUGCUGGCUCAGCAGCUGCGGGCGCGGGCGCAGGCCGACGGCGCCAGGCUGAGGGGCCCCCGCAGGCCAGGGGAGACCCUGCCCUCCCCUCCCGUCGGCUCGGACUCUGAGGGGCCAGAGGGCGAGGUGGCCGGGGCAGCCCUGCCCGGGAGGCGGCCCACAGGCCCCGGCAGCCCCAGGGCGAAGGCGGCCAGGACCACGCAGGACCACGCUCCGGACAAGCCCCUGGACCUCUCGGAGCGGGGCCGGGGCCGGGAUGCCCCCAAGUGCACGGGCCGGCCAGGCUCCCUCAGCCCCCGAACCGCCCACACUCCCAGUCCUGAGCCACCCCAGGGGGCAGAGCCCCCUGCCCAGUCCGGACCUUGGGGACGCAGCGAUGGCACCGAGGGGACCGGUGCGCCAGAGCCGGAGGAGCCCCGUACUCCAGAGGAGCCCCCACGUCCUCUCCCAGGGCCCCAGCCCAGCCCCCCGUCUCCGGGUGGGAUGGGAGACGGGUCCAGAGAGAGGCCAAACGCGUCCCCCCACCCGCAGAGGCCUGACGCCAAGGGCCACCCAGAGCUCAGCAAGCCCGACGGGCAGUGGCAGGCGUCAGACCAGCCGGACGAGCCGGACGCCUCGGACAAUGAGGGCGGCCUGAGCCCCAAGGAGGCCACGCCAAGUGCACCGGGGGAGGGGCUCAGGUGCUCCUGCACCUCGGAGCCAGGGCAGGGCCCCCCCCAGAAGAGGAAGCGGGCCCCGUCCUCUGACCAGUGGAACAAAGCCUCCAAGAAGCUGUCCUGAGAAGGAGCCCCAGGGGAGCCCUGGGAGCCCAGGGCAACCGCGUGGCCCAGGAGCCUGAGACCCU